AUGCGCUCUCUGCAAUUGCUGUCCGCGGUACUUUGCGCACCUUUGGUCCAGGCCUUCUAUCCAUACCAACCGCCAUGGCUGGAAGAAUUGCAAGCGAAGAGGGCACUAUCCUCGAGGGCUGAGGAUGUUGACUCGGCCACCUGGCAGGACAGUAGCACGUCCGCGUCCCCAGUUACCGCCCGAGCCGCUCGUGAAGCGUUACGUCUUGCGAAGAAAUACAAUGGAGGCGACCCUGACCUCUUUCGAAGGCAGAACAGCUAUAGCGUUAUGGAGGCGGAGGAAACCGGCGGGGUUUGCACAGCAGGGAUCGAUCAAGAUGGCACCGACUAUUCGUAUUUUGUGAAGGUUGCGCUCGGAUCCAAGGGCAAAGAGCUCUACAUGCUGCUCGACACAGGCGCAGGCUCUAGCUGGGUCAUGGGCUCAACUUGUACCAGCGACGCGUGCAAGCUACACAAUACCUUUGGCCCCGACGACUCUGACACCUUCAAGACCGAGGACAAGACUUUCAAUGUGGCCUACGGCUCGGGCAACGUGAAAGGAAGCCUGGCCGUAGAUACUCUCACUGUCGGAGGCAUGAGUAUUUCCUACGAGUUUGGUGUCGCCAAGGAGACCUCGAAAGACUUUGUCCACUUUGCCUUUGAUGGUAUCCUGGGCAUGUCUAUGAACAACGGGUCCAGCCAGAACUUUAUGGAGGAGCUCAAGGCAAACGGCGAGAUCGACUCGAGCGUCUUUGCCGUUUCUCUGCACCGCGCUGCUGAUGGGGACAUGAACGACGGUGAGAUCAAGUUUGGAUCACCCGACAAAACCAAAUACAAGGGUGACAUCUCGUACACCGACACCGCCUCUGAGAACAACGAUUGGGCCAUCAAGAUUGACGACACGGCUUACGACGGCAAGUCGAGUGGCGCUGGCGAUGUGUUCGCCUACAUCGACACGGGGACUACCUACAUUUUCGGCCCUCAGGAGCUGGUCAAGUCUUUUCACAGCGUUAUACCUGGUGCGAAAAGCUCAGAUGGUAUGGCGUAUAAAGUCCCCUGCGACAGUGACAAGACUUUGACAUUCACCUUCUCUGGGGUUGACUACGAGAUUUCGCCCAAGGAUUGGAUUUCCCCCAAGAAUGACAAAGGCGAGUGUACCAGUAAUAUAUACGGGCAGGAGGUCGUGAAGGGCGCGUGGCUCCUCGGUGCAGCGUUCAUCAAGAACGUCUACACCGUCUUUGACAAGGAGCAGAGGCGCAUAGGUUUUGCUGCACACGCCGACGAAGCGUCGGAAGAUGAACAAUCAUCAAGCGCCUCGGUUGCGCCGUCCACAAUGACUACUGUCGUCCUCAGCACGAGUGACACAGUUUCGAUGACCAUGACCGCGACGAUCACAUCAAAGCCCAGCUUGGGGCUCGGUGGCCAAGAGCAAACCACGCCGGUGGAAACGUCCAGCGACAGUGAGGAAAGCAGUGCGGCCACUACGAGCGCGGACAGUCAAGAGUCUGGAGACGGCGAAGACAACGAUUCUGGGAACGGGUCGCCCACCAACAUAGCGAGCGUCAAACUCGCAACUUCUCUCUGCAUAGCGUCUGCUUUUGCUCUGCUCGUCUAG